AUGCUACUUGGGUUACAGACUGAUUUAAAAGAUGCAGUUUUGUCUGCAGAUGAACUUGUAGCAAUUAUAGACCAAUUAAGAACUCAUUCUGCAGCAUCUUUUGCUGAUCAAGCCAACAAAAGUGAGUGUUUUUUGGACCUUGUAGAUGAUUUUUCUAAUUGGACAGGUCUUACUAAAGUGCAAUUUCAGGAUUUAUUAAAAUUCGUUCAAGUUAAUGAGCAGGAUGAUGCAAAAAACCGCGUUGUGUUGGGCGCUUAUCUAAUGCACAUGCAUACAGCUUUAGCCGAGAAUAAAAUAGCAGCUUUGCUAUCGAUUUCACAAAGCACUGUGUCGCGUUACAUAUCUCUAGCUCGAGAUCAUUUGCUCCAGAGUUUCGUUCCAAUUUAUUUGAAUAGGGCCGUGAAUCGUGAGAAAGUGUUCCAGGAAUCCACAAAAAUCGCGCGCACUAUCCACGGGAUCUCGGACAGUGACUCAAAAAUCAUGACUGUGUGGGAUGGAACCUACCUUUAUUUGAAUAAAAGCGUCAAUUUUGCAUUUCAACGCGCUACUUUUGGUGGUCAAAAAAAAACUAAUUACGUGAAGCCCAUGCUAGCCGUGACAACGAACGGUUUGAUUAUCGAUGUUUUUGGCCCUGAUGAAUUAUGGGCUGGCAGUGUAGGGGACGGGGAUAUUUUGCAGCAUAUUAUGAGUACUCCAUUGUUUAAAAAUUUUUUUAUAAAAGGAGAUGUGUUCGUGUUAGAUCGGGGGUUCGAAAGGAGGAGGGAAGAUUUAGAGAACCUGGGGUUUGAAGUUUCGAUACCCACAUGCAGUAAAGGUAAAGCACAACUGACGGCAUACGAGGCAAAUCAGAGCCGAUUGUGUACGAAGUUGAGGUGGGUCAUAGAAAGCGUGAACAGUUCCCUUAAACGAUUUAAAUACUUUAAGACUCGAAUCCCGGCGUUGGGAGUGCCUCAUCUUUAUGAUGACGUCAAAAUUGCUGCCGCGGUCCACAAUGCAUUUUUCAAACGUCUCAGUAGUGAUGGUGACGAUCCGCAGGUUGCUGUCAAAAUGCUCCAACAUCUGAACACACCCAACAUUAUCCAAGGGGUUGUGGAGAAAGGAAACUUAAUUCGGCGAACCAGCCAGUUUCAGAUCAUGAAUUCUAGUCAUUUCGAGCAGAUCACAGCGUGGAGCCCCGAAAUUGUGAAAUCUUUUGCCGAGCCGUAUCAGCUUAAAUGGGCAAAAAAUUACAUUUCAGACCACUUUAAUAAAGCUGGCGAUAACCAGUUUUAUAUUAGCAAAGACGACUUAAUGCCAGACUUCAGUGCGCUCAACUUAACCCUCCAGAGCCCUAUAUUUGUGAAAGCAAAACAAGUGUCGCGGCAUAAGUCAAAUAAAGUGUACAACAUUUUCAUCUUGAUCGACGCAGCCACUUCUUCGUCAAAAGCUGUUGUUGGCAGGUACUGCACAUGUCUCAAUGGGGCUAGGACAGUGUGUCCUUGCUCGCAUGUCGUGGCUAUUGUGUGGUACCUUUUCUUUGGUCGGCAUUUGGAAGACCUCGAGUCACCGGCUGCAUUUCUGCAAGAUUGUUUUCCAAUGAUGAAAAGACGGGACAAUCAAGACGACGCAUCGGAGGGCGAUGUCACUUCUGAACAGGAUGAGUAA